CAAGGGCAAAAAAAAUGUGUGACUCGGACUUGACAUACAUUUGGCAUUUGGAUGGUGUGGCAACGUUCAAGUCAUCAACUCUGCAGCUGUGGCCUCUGGGAGCUUAUAUCAACGAGUUGCCACCAAAACUAAGGUUUCAGAAAUAGCACAUUCUGAUGUUGGGUGUUUGGUGCAGCAAAAAAACAACAACCAUGACCAGUCUGAUGCAACCAAUCACACGUACCAUGAACAACCUUGCAACACAUGGUUUUGAAGUGCAGCCAUAUGGAGAAACUGACACAAGGGUAGUGAAAGUUUAUCCCUUAGUUGACACAAUGGAUCUGCUUGCCAUGUGUUUGACCAAGGAGAUGACACAGUUCAAUGGUGAACAUGGCUGUGGCGUGUGUGAGCACCCAGGCACCGUGGGAAAAAAGGGCGCUGGUCAUGUAAGAGCAUAUGCUCCUGGACAGCAUCAGCUGAGAAGAUGCAUGAUUCAACAGGCAAAGCACGCUCUAGAAACCCACCAUUCUGUCAUGGGCAUCAAAGGCUACAGUAUGCUGUUUGAAAUUCAGCAGUGUGACUCAGCACAAGAUGUUGUAGUGGAUUAUCUACAGGCGGUAUGCCUAUGCAUGAAGCAGCUUUUUACACUAUGGUUUGGCAAGUCAAAGGAUAUGCCAUACUGGAUUGGCAACAUGGUGGAUGAAGUGAGCACCCGCUUAACCACAAUCAGACCGCCAUGCAGACGUCAUCAGUCGUACUCCGAGAAGUCUUAUAGUGAGAGAGCACACUGGAAAGGCGAGGCAAUUGCAAUGUGAUAAUAUAACUUGAUAAGAAUCUGUCUCAUGCCUAUAGGUAACGUUAGGAGCUCAGGUUCUGAGUACAGAAACUUUCUCCUGUAUUAUGGAGCUAGUCUUUGUGCUGGAAGGAAUCUUGCCAACAGACUACCUGAUACACUUUGGAUUUCUUUCGGCUAGCAUCAGAUUGCUGUCAAAAGACUGCAUCACUGUCGAUGAGUCCAGUGUGGAGCUGCAAGCUGCUGCUGAUUGCGGUGAACGUGCAUGCGUGGGGGGCAUACCAACUGUAUGCCGGUAUGCCGAUCAUCAUCAAAUUGAGGCAGAAAGACCGAAAGGAGGCAAAAAGGCCGAAAGGAGGCACAAGAAAACUAAAGGAGCUAAAACCCCCAACAAAGAUACUGCUAGGCAGCAAAUGCUGCACAAAAUGGAGGAGUUUAUGAAAGCAAGAGAGCUUUCGGCUACAACCUGCAAUCAGCCAAUUCUAGAGGAAGAAGGACAAAGUGAGAUAGACCAGGAGAUGAGUGGUGCGGAAACUACUAAUUCAACCAGUCAUGAUCCAUCGGGGGUCCAACCGUCUAACAACUCGCUCGGAAGUUCUAUCUGUGAAGCUUUGGAAGCGGUUAAUGAUGAACCUUCAGGGCUGGACCAUUAUCCAGUAGAGGCAUCACCUUCACAGGUGUGCUGCUCUACACAGCACAACUACAAAGAACAACAGCAAGAGAACAUCCAGCCAUCUGGGCAGCCAUUUGCUGGUUGGCAUCAGCAAGAGUACUGGCCACGUAGUUACGCUUGGCAGGGGGCUGCUGAUAGUUCCUUCAGCAAUUCGUGGAGAUUGGAACAGGAACCAAUUUGGUUUAGGCCAAUUCUGGCUGAGGUGCUGAGGGAGGAGAUGCGGCUCCUGCCGCAACUCAGACCGGAUCCCCCUACCACUACCCAAUACUCUCUACCUUCUGAACUAGAGGAGGGCUGCAAGGCUUUUGGGGAGUGGAAGAAAGCAACGAGGUGGCUGGUAUAACGCGCCUGUUCACACCACAGGAGCUGGCAACAUCAAACAUAACCGGCAGAAAUGGCAAGGAACGCCUGAAUGUCCUGAAGGUGGAGGCAAUCGUUUCCUUCAUCUCUGAAAAGUGCAAAAUGGAGAAAAACACCAUCAGGUAUAUGAUCGGGGAGAAAUGUAGAGAGCUCAACAUAUAUGAGAGAUGGAAGUAGAUUGUGUGAAUAGUAGUAGAGAGAGUGUGGUAGUAGAAGAGAGUACAAUAAAAAAAUGAUGUUUGUAUUAUUGUAUAUGUGUUGUUGUUAUGUUUUAUUGUAAUUGUAAAUAAAUGUGAUAAUGUAUAUAUGUAUUUUGUAAUCUAUGUAUCUAUGAAUCUGUGAUUAUAAUAAAGUUUAUUCUAUUUAUAUAACUA